AUGGAUUCGAGCGACCAAGAACGAUCAAGCUCAGAAGAUCUAGAAGCUGCAGAUCAUGACAUACCAAAACGCAUCACCUUUGGCCCAGAGGGACAACGCGACCGAUCAAAAAACAGGCGUGGAAGUCUGCGUCGUUCAGUCAGCCGUGACUCAAUCUCAAGUGUCCGGGACCGCACUCGAGCAGUUCAAGGUGUCCCUAUUGAAUUCCGAACACUAUCCUUCCAGGUCUCGGAGUCUCAGGCAAUCGGAGAGGUCGCACCCAGUAAGAAGUUAUUAGAGGCACUAAAGAAGAAGAAGAAAGCCGACGAGAUAGAAGAGAAGGACUACUUCGAACACUUGGACUACCACAAACGCAACGGAGAUGAUGUGUGCAGCGCCCUCAAUGUCCAUUGUGACAAAGGUCUCAGUGCUUCCGAGGCAGCAACUCGACUCUCACAGAACGGAAAGAACGCAUUCCCCCAUCGCCGUGAGAAUUACGUCAAAAAGAUACUGUUCUAUAUCUUCGGCGGCUUCUGUUCUGUGCUGUGGAUUGGUGUCAUCGUUUUCUUCAUUUGUUGGCGGCCGCUGGGUGAUCCGAAUCCAGCUCCCUACAAUCUCGGGUUAGCAAUCCUCAUCAUGAUUGUGAUCUUCCUCCAAGCCUCCUUCUCCGCCUUUCAAGACUGGUCUACCGCGAAGACAAUGAAAUCCAUUCUCAACCUUCUCCCUGGAGACACUUUGGCCAUCCGCGAUGGGCAACCCCUGAAAGUUGCCUCCUCAGAUGUCGUUGUCGGAGACAUCAUUAAGAUCAGCAUUGGCAACAAAGUUCCCGCCGACAUACGUCUCCUGAGCACAUCUGGUGAUGUGCGUUUUGAUCGCUCAAUGUUAACAGGAGAGUCGGAUGAAAUAGAAGGAGCCAUCGAUAUGACAGACACAAACUUCCUUGAAACUCGAAACAUCGCAUUGAUGGGUACAAUGGUCACUAAUGGUAGCGCAAUAGGCGUUGUUGUUCUCACGGGAGGCAAUGCUGUCAUGGGGCGAAUCGCAAAGGCCACAAAUGCUGUGAAGGACGAACCGACUCUUAUCCAACGCGAGAUCCACCGCUUCGUCCUGAUAAUUGUCGCCUUUACUGUUGUUUUGGCAACCGCUAUAAUCUUGACUUGGGUGGGUUGGCUACGAGUAAAGCAUGCUGCCUUUAUGAGCGUCAUCAGCAUGCUUAACAACGCCAUGGGCUGUGUUGUAGCUUUUAUUCCAGAAGGAAUGCCAGUCGGAGUCGCUCUAACCAUGAUGAUUAUUGCUCGAAGGAUGAAGAGUAGUGAUAUCCUCCCCAAAGGGCUAUCAACUGUCGAGACUCUCGGCUGCGUUAAUGUCAUGUGUUCUGACAAAACGGGCACUUUGACGGAGAAUAAAAUGGUCGUGGCAACCGUGGGGUUUUUAGAUGGUCGUAUGACUGCCGGCGAGGCAUUUUCUAUGCUUUCAGAAGGAAAUUCGGCCCCGCUGAAAGAGCUCCAUCGUGCUUCGGCUCUCUGUAACGAUGCGACUUUCGAUCCCCUGACAAAGAAUCAGCCAGUCAUGGACCGAGCUAUCCAGGGCAAUGCUACCGAUGGAGCGGUUCUGAAAUUUGCAGAAGCAGCACGGAAAGGAUUCAUUGAAUCUAUCAACGACGAGAGCCCGCGAGUUUUCCAAAUACCCUUUAACUCAAAAAGUAAAUGGAUGCUUACGCUGCACAAGACCGAUAAGACGGGAGUCGAAUCACAAUUUCUCAUGUUGAUGAAAGGAGCCCCGGACGUCCUCCAGCCUCACUGCACAAGUUAUUGGUCUUAUGAAAGCAAGACCAUUAAGCCAUUUGACCAAGCGUCCCAAGCUCAGUUUCUAGCACUCCAGGAGAAUCUUUCACGAAGUGGGCAGCGUGUCAUAUUGCUAUGCCAGCGUCACAUCACCCCUCGCGAAACUCUUGGGUCCAACGCCUUUAUGAACGAAAUCCAAGACAGCUGCAUCAACAAUCUUACCAUCAUUGGUGUUCUUGGAAUAACCGACCCACCCCGCAAAGAGACGGCCGCAACGGUAGCAGCCUGCCGUCGUGCGGGUAUACGGUUUUUUAUGGUAACAGGUGACUUUGGCCUGACUGCUUCUGCGAUUGCCCGCGACAUUGGUAUAUUCACAAAUGCGGCUGAUCCUGAUACCUUUGAUAAUUUCGCCAAUCGGAGUACUGAUUUGGUCGAGAAACGACAACCUGAAUACUGGACCAAAACUAGUCUGCUCCUUGAAGGGCCUUCGAUAUCGAAACUGAGCAGAGAGGAUUGGGACUUGGUAUGCAAGUACGAAGAAAUUGUUUUCGCGCGCACAAGCCCGGAGCAGAAGCUUCGUAUCGUGAAAGAGUUCAAACAGCGGGAUAAUAUUGUCGCAGUUACUGGCGAUGGUGUCAACGAUGCACCUGCUUUGAGAGCUGCCGACGUUGGAAUCGCGGUGGUAACCGGCAGCGACGUCGCCCUUGAAGCAGCCGAUCUUGUACUCCUCGACAAGUUCGAUUCCAUAGUCGAUGCCAUUCGACUUGGGCGCCUGGUAUUCCAAAACUUGCAAAAGAUUAUCAGUUACCUCCUGCCCGCAGGUUCUUGGUCUGAGAUCUGGCCAGUACUGAUGAAUGUCUACUUUGGGUUUCCUCUCCCACUCUCGACAUUCCUCAUGAUUAUUAUCUGUGUCUUCACGGAUCUCUUCCUUUCGCUUGCCCUCAUCAUGGAAAAAGAAGAAUUCGACUUGCUUGAGCUUCCACCUCGGAAGGCCAAGAAAGAUCACCUAAUCAACGUCAAGAUAUACAUCCAAAGCUACCUCUUCAUAGGUGUCAUGGAGACCAUUUGCGCGCACAGCAUGUUCUUCUUAUACAUGUAUAAACAUGCGGGCAUUCCCUUUCAUUCACUGGCCCUGGCCUUUGAAAGCUAUUCCGAUGGCUUCCAUGGCUAUACCACAGACGAACUGGUACACUUCAACACAGUCGGACAAAGCGUAUACUUCGUUACGCUAGUCAUAUUGCAAUGGGGCAAUAUUCUUAGCAUCCGCAACAAGCGGCUGUCAAUCCUUCAAGCAGAUCCUAUUCGAAAGAAGAGAAGAAACCCUUGGUUGCUGGCAGGUAUGGCUAUGAGCUUGGCCAUUGCAAUAUUUGUAACAGAGCAGCCAGGAAUCCAAAGAAUCUUUGGAACAGCAAAGGUACCACUCGAGUUCUGGUUCAUUCCUCUCCCCUUGGCUCUAGGAAUCCUCGUGAUGGACGAAAUCAGGAAACUUAUAGACUCGUGGCUCAAAGUCGUGGAAUUAUAUACGUCCUGGGCACAAACCACCGACAAACUGGAGAAAUCUGUAGCCAACGUCUUCGGGGGUAACCCAAACGUCGCAAGCAUGCGUUCCCGCAUCCUCCUCCUUAUCGUCAUCUCCAUCAUCGUGCUACUAGUUCUUUUCUCAGCCCGUGAUUCGAACCUCCCAUCAGCCUCGCAAAUAUACCAUAGCUCCACAGGCAAAACUUCCCCAUCUUCGAAAAAGGUCGCGGCCUUGAUGGAAACGCGGGCAACACCAAACCUCGUCCCACUCAUCCUCCACUUCUCCUCCGUCCUCGGCCCAACAUGGCCCAUCAAGAUCUUCACGACCCAGGCAGCCAUGGUGAAUCUCUCCACCUCCGCGGCUUUUGAGCGGAAAAUUGCCGAUAAGAGCAUAUCCUUUGUCCUCCUCCCAGAGACCGAGACCUUCAAAGAGCACUCUUCCGUGUCGGCCUUCUUCUCGAAGCCAUGGUUCUGGCAGCAGCUGGCGCCUGCAGAGCGCGUCCUGAUGUUCCAGUCCGAUUCUAUCAUCUGCGCUAACUCGCGCCGCACGGUUGACGACUUCCUGGAAUAUGAUUUCAUUGGGGCGCCGGUUCGAGAGGGCCUUGGUGCGGGGUAUAAUGGCGGAUUAUCCAUUCGCAACGUACCUCUGAUCCUGGAUAUUGUGGGCAAGGAGUCCUGGGCAGAGGACAGGAAGGAGAAGAAUGGGAAGUACAAGGAUGGCCCGAACGUGGAUUACGAAGACCAGUGGUUCUAUGCCAAGAUGAACGAGAGGAAUGCGCACUUCCCGACACAAGAGGUGGCUAGCCAGUUUGCCGUGGAGACUAUCUGGGCCGAGAAGCCGCUUGGAUAUCACCAGGCCAAUGUGUGGCAGGCUGGGAGCAUGGAUGACAUCCUUAAAUGGUGCCCAGAGUAUAAGAUGUGCACGAGCGAGACAUAUACUAGCCAUUGA